GGUCGUAAAAGUGAUUUUCCUGGAUCGAUUUAAGCGCCAUUGUUGUAGUUAGUAGCCUAAAUAUAGUUAUCAUGCAGAUGGGUUCCAGUUCAUAAUAUCCGCGCCACUCCGCAAGCGUCUGCUUCGUUUCCCACGAUCUAUGCCAUGAUUAAUGAACGAGACGGAACCAAUCUAGCCGUCAUAACAACUUGCAGCGACCUCUUUUUGUAAAAAUUGUUGGCUACCGUUUGUCCGUGAAUAAACAGAGAGACAGGUCUACUCCCGUAACGCGAUCAGUUAGCACUUUAGCUUGUCGAAUAUGGCGUUUCGGAGGAUUCCAUGUUGUAUUAGCAGGAAUGCAACACUAACACGUGAGCGAAUUUACUGUAAAAAUGCCGCACGAACAUACUACACCUACUCUCCAGAGCCGUUCCACCCACUUCCAAACCGAGCGCCUGUUUGGAGAACAGCUGAUGAAGCGGUCACUGUUAUCAAAUCACAUGACAAGGUGUUUGUGCACGGCGCGGCGGCCACGCCGAUCCCGCUGCUGGAGGCGAUGGCAAAACAUGGGCUCAAAUCGGGAGUGAAACACGUUGAAGUGAUGCACAUACACACGGAAGGGGAAGCCAUUUACAGUAGGCCCGAAUACGAAGGUGUGUUCCGAUCGAACUCGCUCUUCAUCGGUCCGAACGUGCGGAGCGCCGUCAACGAGGGUCGCGCUGACUUCAUUCCGAUCUUCCUCAGCGAGAUCCCGCUGCUAUUCCGGCGCAACCUGGUGCAGCUCGACGUCGCGCUGAUCUCGGUGUCGCCGCCGGACAAGCACGGCUUCUGCACACUCGGUCCGAGUGUCGACUGCACCCGCGCCGCCGUACAGAACGCCAAGGUCAUCAUAGGAUUGAUCAAUCCGAACAUGCCGCGUACGUUCGGCGACACGGCGAUACACAUCUCGCACUUCGACAUGAUGGUGGAGGGUGACAACGAGCUUCAGGCUCACGAAGCUCCCACGCUGUCCGAGGAGGAGAAGCGCAUCGGCAUGCACAUAGCCGGCAACCUGGUUCCGGAUGGAGCCACGCUUCAAAUGGGUAUUGGUUCGAUCCCGGACGCCGUGCUAGCGCAGCUGACGCACCACCGUGACCUCGGCGUGCACACGGAGAUGUUCAGCGACAAGGUGAUGGAGCUGGUGGUAAACGGCUGCGUGACGAACGCACACAAGACCAUCUACACGGGCAAGAUGGUGAGCAGCUUCGUCAUCGGCAGCCCCAAGCUCUACAAGUUCCUGCACAACAACCCGUUCGUCGCGCUGCUAGACGUAGCCUAUGUCAACCACACGGCCACGAUCAUGCAGAACCCUAAGGUGACGGCGAUCAACUCGUGUAUCGAGGUGGACUUCACUGGACAGGUCGUAUCCGACUCCAUCGGAGAGAGGAUGUACUCUGGUGUUGGCGGGCAGGUGGAUUUCAUCAGAGGUGCUGCUCUUGGGCACGACGGUCUUGGCAAACCUAUCAUCGCCAUGCCCUCGACAACGGCAAAAGGAGCGAGUAAGAUCGUUGCUACACUCAAACCAGGUGCGGGCGUGGUGACGACGCGUGGCCACGUGCACUACAUCGUCACCGAGUACGGCAUCGCACACGUGUUCGGCAAAAACUUGCGUCAGCGCGCGUACGAGCUCAUCCGCAUUGCGCAUCCGUCCCACCGCGAGGAACUCGAGAAGGCUGCAUUCGAGCGGCUCAAGUGCAUGCCUUCCCCGUAGGCAUGUUCACGACGAUGACGCCUCUUGCUGCUGAGUUUUACAGCGCGUGACCACUACCCUAGGUCACCGUCGUAGGUUUGUCGUAGUCCUACCGAUGUGAUGAUAUAUGCGUCAUGCCGACGUAAUGUUUCGCUAACUUUGUCAACGUAUUUUUUUGAUACGCUGGACACGAAUGUAUAUUCCGGACGCUGCGAAUGAGGCGGAACUAUUUUUCGUACAUCAGUGGCCCGCCCGUUGAUUGAAAUUCUCGGUAGGGUUAUUAUAUCCAUGCGAUGGUGUUCAAAGAUGUGGCAUCUUUGUGCAAAUGUUUAUAGUGCAGUGAAGUAGUCACAGCUUGUAGAUCACACCAUAGGGCUCAUAGUAUACGUGCACAUCUUACAGAAUAUGCACAUACUUUAUACAGUAUUACUCGAAAAAAUGUGUCCACGGGAAAUAGUAUGUCCACACGCUAUAUUAUAUGCACGUCAGAAGCUUUUAUUAGUUCCGAUUAUCUACCUACUACUAGUGCAUACUCAUGGUCUAAGUCAGUGAUGUAUGCUGUGAGGGAGGUAAAAGAGUAAUUUUUGUUUUGUCUUACAAAAUGAACAUAUUUCUGAAGAAGUUGCUCAUCGUGUGCUUUAUAAUAUUUAUUCUUGUAAAAGGAUGAAGUUGUCUGAUUAAAGUUGAGUAUUAGCAUUAGCAUUAUAUGGGUGACUAGAGGCAUGUAUGUUAUGUAUUAAAGGUGGAAAUAGUUGAUACGGCAGCUAGUUUACAUUAUAAAUCGUCAACCCCAUCCUUAAUUGUCUCCACCCCUACUACCCUAAUUACGCCAUUCAACCUCAGCCAUAUAUAGACCCUGGUCAUUUCCUUCUAUUGAUUUUAUUGUUGCAAUGAUGGUAGGCGUACUGCACGCAAUAAGUGAAUAGUAGUAGGUGGUUUAAUUUUAAGUGGCGAUUGAUGUAAACACCCUUUCAAUAUUAUGUCUGUCGUGAUGAUGUGUAGUGUAGUACAACACGGCUGUGGUUACGUGUUGUCGAAGUAUGCGGUGAAUCUCACGAACGUUCUUACAAAGUAUUCAGGAGCUUUUCAGUAAACGUAAUCUACCUAUUUACCUGCUCAAAAUGUUGCGCUAGGCACGCUAUUUGCAGUGGAUUACAAUCACGUGUGGGUGACAUUGUUUAGAAACUAUACCAGCAUUCAAUUUCUUAUUUAGCUUCCAGGCAGAUCUGUACAUGUUUACAUUUCUUUCUAUGGACUUGUAUAAUAUAUUACUAAACUGGUCCAGUACAGUCCAGCACUCCGGAGCCAAUGUGUAUAUCAGUGUUAUCACUGACGAAUUAACCAUGCACGGGCACCACCCCGUCUGUGACACGGCCUUUGGCAGGCUUCGUUAACGAGUGCAAAUGCUUAGUAGACUCUACUAGUACUGUUCAUCAAGGUGCAGCGGACUGGGAAAUAAGGGACAGCUGCGUGAAAUAGACUAUAUAUAUACUGCGGCGGUUCGUGCAUGCCACCCUGAGGGGAAACACUUUCUGUCACCUAGUCUUUUCUUUGGAUCCGUGCGCUGGCUUUCAUUAUGGCGCACGGAUCCACCAUGUUAUCUUUUCUUUUACCUCUGCCG